UGACUGUAGAUAUAUCGAGUUUAUCUACAAUUGAAAGUGAUUUAUCAGAUGUUAUGUCACAGUUUAUAUACUUUGGGAUAAUUAUUAUUAUUCUCUCAAUUUGGGAACCAAACUUCAACAUUAUUUUCAUGAGCAAUAGAGGUGGAAUUUCUGUUUUAACAGCCAGUGCAGUCCAGAACCCAAUAUGUGUGAUAUAUAAGAGAAGAAAGACAUGAUUCGUAUACACCCUAGGGCAACUGAAGUUGAUGAGCCUGACUUGAAAUGUGGGAUCAAGAAGCAACAGUUCUUUCGAAGUAAAAGUAUUUCUCGAAGUGGAACACAGUCUUCUGCUGAACUAAGCUCUACACAGCUAGUGCACAACAGCUUUGCGAAGCAAGCUGCUAAUUCAUUUUUUGAAGUUGCAACACUUCUGGAUUCUGACACAUGGCAACUGCCAGAAGGAACACAGGAAUCCCUCAAGAAUAAAAGGCCAACUGGAACAAGAGCUUUUCCUGUAACAGAAGGUCCAGGUGUAUUUCCAUGUGAUAAUUGUGGAAAGUCGUAUAAAUGGAGAAGAACACUUCGUCACCACCUCCGUUUAGAAUGUGGAAAAGAACCUGCAUUUCAGUGCCCAUUUUGCCCCUUGCGCUCAAAAAGAAAGAGUAAUAUUUCUGCGCAUAUAAGAUAUGUUCACUUGAAAUGAUUUUAAGAAUCUAAACAAGUUAAUCAGUCAAGUAUCUUAUCACUUUUUGACUGGUCUCCUUUGUAGUUUGUGUGUUGCAUUUAAUUCUUCAUCAUCCUUUGUAUUUGUUUACUUCUGCUGAAAUGUCAUCUAGAAACAAUUUACUGUUAUGUUUAGUCACACAGUUAAAAUGAAGCUUGUUGACUGCUUACAAU